CCAAUUUCUCUUUUACUGAUUGAUUGAGCAAGCAAAAGGUCGCCCAAUGUCGCCCAUGGUGGUGCCCUUUUUAGCUGUUCUUUCUGUAAAUUUCUCCACUAAAAUCUCCUAUUAGUUUCAACCUUUUAUUUGAUCUAUUUCCCGUAAAGAUUCUAACUCAAGAUGGAUCUUGACGAGUGGGAGUUUCUUCCUGAUCAAAAGUUCCUGGAUUUUCCUGGAGAUUCUGAUGAGAAAAAAGUAAAUUCAGGCAAGCGAAGUUACUCUUCUACAACACUUUUUGAUAUGAAUUACUUUUCUCCAAAUUCUCCAGGAUCAGGAUUAAAUUCCGGGAAAUUAACCAAACAGCUUGUUCCGGUUCCUUUUAACCUGGAACCAGGGCUUGGAAAGUCUCCACGUGAUGAUUUUUCUGAGGAAAUAAUCAUCAAAACCCCUGUAGAUGUUAACUUUAACCCAUCUGAGAAGAUCAACCAGGGUCCUGUUUUUGGAUCCAUUGAAGCUGAUCAAGACUCAGUUUCACAAGUUUCCUUCAAAAAAAUGAAGGAAAAUGAAUUUGUCGACAUGAAAAUGGACUCACCCAAGUCCCCUAAUUCAACAAACCUCAUGCCUCAGGUUGAUCCGGGCACUUUCAACUUCGAGGACAAGAGUGACCAGGCCCUGGAAGGAAUAAAUUGCCGUUCUCCAAGGAAGACCGCCAUGGAUUUUGAAGGUGAUCGGAAACAAGAACCCGCUUGGGCAGAGGAGAAUGGUGGCGGCCUGAAUCUUUGGAAAUGGAGCUUAACUGGGAUUGGAGCUAUUUGCUCUUUUGGCGUUGCUGCUGCCACCAUUUGUAUCAUCAUCUUUGGCAAUCAACACAAGACUAAACACCAACAGAAUCAGAAGCUUCGUUUCCAGAUUUAUAAAGAUGACAAGAGGAUUAAGCAAGUAGUGCAGCAAGCAAGUAAAUUGAAUGAAGCAAUUUCAGCAGUGAGAGGAGCGCCAAUGACAAGGGCUCACAUCACAUUUGGUGGUUAUCACGAUUCUCUUUAAAUCAAACUGCAAGCUUUUGAAGAAAUGGAAUUAGGGUUGAUGCAUGUAUUUGCAAUUUUAUAGUUUUACAAGAUUCCGGUAGGGUCUAUCUGAAUAUAUUAAUUAUUUUAACUAUUUUUAAUCAGUUUUUUAUUUAAUAUAUAUUUAUAAUUAUAUUUAUGUUUAA